AUGGGAGAUUCUCGCGACAAGUUGAAGCACUUGGUUCCAGGUAAGUUGGUCACUGAACACACUCAGACUUGCAAGCGAGGAGUGCACAAGUGCAGCUUGUGCGCCGUGCAGCAGUCAUGGUCACUUUACAAAAAACCAUGGCUGAGAGUGCUUCUGGUCGAUGGAGAAUCCAAGCUCGGCUGCAGCUUAUGCGCGAAAGCCGGUCUGGAGGGCCCAUGGGCCAACUUUGAACAACCUCCGACUUCCGUGUUGAAGAAACACAACUUGGAGAGGCAUGAGAAGUCCAAGGGACACAUGACAGCAAGCCAAGAUGAUCUUUGCGGAGCCCCUAGCGACGAGGCUUUUAAGUCAAGUUUGCAGGGUAUGACGCAAGGACAAUCUGCGAGACAAGGUGGCGGAUCGUCCGAUAAAAAAACUCAAGUGCGGUAUGCCCUCUCGGAAGCAGUUUGUGCUCGCAACAGGACUUUGCUGGCAGAGUCUCGCUGCAUCUCAUUGAUGAGAGACGAACGCAAAGGAAAUCUUCUUGUGCGCUUCCGCGCUGUUCUACCGGACCUAACCACCAUCAGUGGCGCGCUUGGCUUGCAGCCUGUGACAGGUUCUGCUGAGUCCAUAGCUGAAGCAACUGCUGAAAUCAUGCAGAACUUCUGCCAACCGAUGCGGCAGCCUCCCAGACAAGCCAAGGAAAGCGAGCAGCCGGUCGACUCUGAACUUCUACGGAAGAUUCAGGACAGGGUCACCAUGGUGGCCAGUGACGCUGCUGCAUCCGAACUUUUAGCAGGUGACUUAGAGAGAGGGCGCCGUAGGGCCGCGACCGACUUUCAAUCCAAAUUUACAAAUUGCAAGAUCGUCGACAGAGAUGCGGCGCAUGCAUCGACCCGUCUCUUGAAGAGACCAUUCCUUGCAUUGAAACCUGUCAAAAGUUUGACAAACGAAUGGAUCCAUGGGUCCGAAAGCUUCGCUCAGAAGGUGCACCACAGCCACAUCCUCAGCCAAUGGUGGGCCAAGGCCGUCCAAUGCAAAGAGGACUCCGACUUGACUGGAAACCUUUGCACCUCCAUGUCUGCGGCGAAGCACAGGUUCUCAUCAUACUUGAAUCCUCUCAGCCGGAUAAUUCGGAAUUUGCAAGCAGCUUUCAAUGUGUGCGGCAGGGUCCAAGCCAUGCGAGGUGCUGAUGCAACUUGGGCAACCAAGCUUUGCCAAAAUUUCAGUUCGUUCAAAGCAGCUUUGCUUGCAAUGAUUACCGACGCUGCAGCUAUCAGCAACGACUACACAAGGGAAUGCGACCGUGAAGACAUUGAUGAAUGGGUGUCUCUCGUGGAGGAAGUCGUCGCGCAUGAGUUUCCGAGUUGGCACUUGGCGGCGGCAUUUCAAGUUUUUCAUUUGUCUGACUGCGUAAGAGGCCGUGACUGCAGUGCGGAUGUUUUACGGAACUUGGAGAGGCUGGCUCAAGUGUAUUCGGUACCUUUUGAGGCACUGAAGCAAGAGUAUGCCCGCUUGCUGCCCAUUGCUGCAGCUUUGAAGAAGCAAGCAGGUUUGAGUAACAGAGAAGCAUGGAGGGAAGCCCUUCAACGGACAAGCAGUCGGAAAGGUGCCCAGGGAAGGAAGUAUGAGGCCACGGCCCUGAUACAAGUCAUGGCAGCUUAUCAAUGUUGGACCGCAGCCACAAGUGGAGUGGAGCAACAAUUCUCGAAGCUCAAGAGAAGUCCUGUGGAACUUUCCAACGCUUCUGUGGACACAGACCGUCGCCUUGCAAUUGUCAUGGGCGAUGGGCAGGCCAGGAGCCCAGCAGUGCAACCUGAAGUGAUUCAAGCCGCUCGACGAAUCUACGCUUCCCUACUGUCCAGUGGAAGGUCCCGGCCGCGGACAAAACCAAGGUUCGAUUGUGGUGUCACAGGCAAAGUGAAGACCGGAUCUUUUGCCGACUGGAACCGCACAAGAAAGAAAGCAUUGCUGGAAGCAGUGCAAAAAUGCGAAACACCUCCUCGGAAACCUUCCGAGCUGUUGACAGAAUCUUCCCAGAAGGAAAGAAAUUUCCAGAGAAAACAGGGUUUGAAACGAAAGGCUGAGGCUCUGGCAGAUGGCUGUUUGUUGCCGGAUGAGGUCACCCAAGAGGUUCAGGAAGAGGCCUUGCGACUGACCAAAGCAAACCGACAAGGUCUCAGUGGCCCAGCGUGGUGUUGCUCCAAGAUGGAAGGCGGCAAGGCGCAAGCAGUGUCUCAAUCUUUGACGGCACAUGGGGUUGCGACGAGAACUCAGGACCUGCGGCAAGCCAAGCUCUUCGUGGUCUCAAACUUCGUUAGGGUGCAAAGAAAAGUGCGUUUCAUGGCUGCUCUGAGUGGAUCCGUCUUGAUGUCAGCUUCUGCUUUGCUUGGAGCAGGAGGUGUGAAGUUGACGUUUCACCCGGGUCAGGAGAUACAAGUUGCAAUCUUCGUGACUGACACUUUCAAGGCCGAAGAGCCAGGAAUGACUCUACUGCUACGUGAGGCAUGUGCCCGUGGGUGGCAGGCAGUGAGGGCGGAAGAUUUGAAAGGCCGCGGGCGAAAGCCCAGUCUCCAUCUCAGGGGUGCGGGGGAGGCCAUCCCAGCUGGUUUCAACAAAACCAGGGUGAAGUGUUUUACUGUCACCGAAUUUUUGCGUUGGCUCACGGCAACUUGUCUCAACAAGACGGCAAGCUCCCGUGUGAAGAUAGCAGCUGCUUGA